UCCACACGAGAAUAACGCGCGCGAACACGUUUGGAUCUGCUAGAUCUAGAUGUUAUCUUGUGCGUUUAUCGCGCAACGCAGAAGAGAGUAAGAAACGUGAAAGAAGUACGAGCAAGAAGUACGGCCGAGAGCAGGCCGAGUGAUCGGUGUUUGUAGUGGUGUACCACCAUCGAGCCGGCCGAAAACGCGGCCUGGACGCGACGUGUGCCGCCGCCGCCGCCGUCGUCGUCGUGUGUGACAGUGUGAGCGUGUGAACGCGUGCGUACGGUGCGUGCAUGCGGUGCGUACGUACGUAUGUACGUACGUACGGUGUAUGUCUCUCCUAUCUCACCGAUACCUAAGCAUCGGUACCAGCGAGUUCCUCCCCGAGUUUGAAUUUACCGAGACGGACUUUGCGUGUGUACGUGCGUACAUACGUGAGUGAGUACGUGCGUGCGUGCGUGUGCCGGGUGUACUUCUUUCUCCCUCGCACAAAAGCGACAGAGAGAGAGGAGAGAGAGAGAGAGAGAGAGAGAGAGAGAGCGAGAGAGAAAGAGAGAGAGAGAGAGAGAGAGAGAAAGAACGAAAGAGAAAAAGAAAGAGAGUCGUCGUUGGUGUGUGUGCGUGUGCACUGUGCGUGCGCGCGGGAUGUUACCGAGUCGGUGAGCGCGCGCGGGUGCGUGUGAGUACCUUAGGGAGAAAGAGAGGAACAGAAGAGGGAGAGAGAGAGAGAGAGAGAGAGAGAAAGAGAGAGACGGCAAGAAAGUUAGAGAGGGAGAGAGCGAGAGAAAGAGAACGUUAGCGCGUGCAUGUGUGCGCGCGCGCGCGAUCGAGCAAUUCCUCCGUGCAUCCUUCUUCUUUCCCUCGCUGGUAUUACCGGCGAGUAAAAAAAGACAAGAAGCUGAGGUGACAAACGGACGUACUCGCGUGUACGACAUGUCGGAGCAUCACCGCGUAGCUGCCGGUGGCUGGGGCACAGCGAGCCCGGCGAACCGAGAGGAUGCCAGCGGCGGUGCCGCCUGGUGGCCCUCGGGUCUCAACACCGUCCCGACCGAUCAACAACAGCAACAGCAGCAGCAACAACAACAACAAAAUCUACAUCAGCACCUGAUGAACCAGCAACAACAACAGCAACUCGCUCAGCAGCAACAGCAACCGCAGCACCAUCCGGACAUCGUCCGAAGUACCGCUGCCGCCGCCGCUAGCCAGCAGCUCUUCUCCUACAAAAUGGCCUCCAGCUUCCAGAACCCGGCCACCACCGGCACGCAGUCGAGUCCGGUGUCGACGUCCACGCCGGUUUCCGCGCAAUGCAUGAGGGGCAGUUACGAUUACAGGCUCGGCACGGGUCCUGGACAAGGCGGCGGUGGCGGCGGCGGUGGAGGUGGUGGCGGUGGCGGUGCUGGCGGCGGUGGCGUGCCUGCCGGCACACCUUCCGCACCGCCGCCCGGCGUGCAGUGGUGGUAUUCAGGUGGAGUUAUGGACGCCGCCGGACAGAACAACCUGCACCAGCAGUUGCAGGGUCAGCAACAGCAACAACAGCAGCAACAGCAGCAGCAACACCUCUCACCCAUUACCACGCAAACGUCCACGCCCCCCGUAAUGUCCCCGAUCUCACAUCCGAACGUAGGUCAGCUAGAUUUCCGAUUAUUUCUGCAGCACCAAAUACAGCAGCUACCGCAAAAUAAUCUUCAACAAAAUAACGCUCAGAGUCUGCAGCGGGACAACAUGCCGAGAGGAAAAGAUUCGAAGCCAAGGGGACGGAUGACAGCGUACGCGUUCUUCGUCCAGACGUGUCGUCAGGAACAUAAAAAAAAGCAUCCCGAGGAGAAGAUCGUCUUCCGAGAGUUCUCCAAAAAGUGUGCAAUGAGAUGGAAGACUAUGUCAGACAAAGAGAAGAAGCGUUUCCACGAAAUGGCAGAGAAAGAUAAGAAGAGAUACGACGCAGAGAUGCAAAACUAUACGCCGCCUAAGGGAGAGAAUAAAGGCAGGGGCAAGAAACGCAAACACAUCAAGGAUCACAAUGCUCCCAAGAGAUCGCUGUCUGCCUUCUUUUGGUUCUGCAACGAUGAGCGUGGAAAAGUGAAGAUGCUAAAUCCUGAGUAUGGCGUGGGCGAUAUAGCUAAAGAAUUAGGCAAGAAAUGGUCAGAUGCAGAUCCCGAAACCAAAUCUAAAUACGAGGCUAUGGCGGAGAAGGAUAAAGCUCGAUAUGAGAGGGAGAUGACUGCGUACAAAAAGAAAAUGCAGGACGGCGCCCCGGUGGUGGGCGGCGCGCCGGCAAACACUGUAAAAAGCGACAGCGAAGAGGAAUGGAAGGAAGACGACGAAUAGCGGAUGCACGUCGAAAUUUCAUCUAUCACCCCGUGUCCUUCAUCCUGAAAGCAUACCUCACCUACUGUACGUACCAUUGACCUUAGCGUGAGCGUACUUACACCACUAGGAGAACAAAUAACUAACCACCAAUUCAAACCUUACCUACCUUAUCAAUCUAUCACAAUCUACCAACCAACCAUCCAACCAACCCCAACCAACCAACCAAGACUCCUUUCUCCUAAUCCUUCCCUGAUUAUUUACGAUAAUAAUAAAAAAGGUACCCCGCGCGAUUUACGAUAAUUAUUUUAAAAAAAAGAAAAAUAUUGUAUGUGUGAGAGUGCCACCGCGCGUGCGCGAGUUUGAGCGAGAGGCGAGAGGAUUGUGUGAGUGACAUUUGUACUUUAAAACAUUAUUGAUAGUAAAAAGAAAACAAUGUAAAGUGGCUAGUAGGAUAGAAGUCGGAAGAAGAAAGAAAGAAAAAGGAAAAAAAGGAAUACGAGAAAAAGCCGUGGAGAGAAUGAAGAAUGAUAUAUUGCGCCCGCUCUUUCUUUCUGUUCCGGGUGGGAAAGGCGCAAAAUAGGCUCAAUCAUUGCUGACUUUUCGCUCUCUCUCUCCGACGCUAUGUUACUACGAGCUAGCUAAGGCUUAGUUUACCGCUUUUGACGAAACUUGACGAAGACGAUACGGUUUCUUCCAUGCGGUGUUUUACCAAUGAACCCGCUGAGAUAUCGGGGAUAUUACAUUAUAAUUUUAAUAAGUACAUCGAAUUUUGUUCAACAUGUAAAAGAUAUAGAUUUUCCGAGUGUGUAUCAGUAGAUGUACUAACAUAUUUUAUAUGAUGUAUAUUAUAGUACAACCUAUAAUAAUACAUUUAUAUGAUACAUACGCUGAUACAUCUACAAGUACAUAUUUGCGCAUGCAUCAGUGUUGUUCACGAGUAUAUAUUGCAGCGAUGCACAGAGUGCGUAUUAAUAAAUAAAUCUUUCAUGUGCUAUUGGCACAUUCGUGAUGUUAAGUUCUCGACGAAAUUUUAAUACGACGUAUCAGAUCUUUGAGUAGAUCUCCAAGAAAUAUAAUUGGAAAUAUAUUUUGAAUAUAUGAAUUGUGACUUUUAAUUAAUUCGUCACUGGGCGUCGUCGUCUUCGUCGUGACACAUACACAAAUACACACUUAUACACAGAUUAUUAUUGUAUAUCCUUGUACAGAGAGCUUUGUCUUUCCUUUCCUACUUUUUAGCGAAUCUGAUCGUUGAGCGCGCGUGCCGGGGGCAUGGAGCUGCUUUUUACGUAUGUAAUGAUGUGCGAAUGUAAUUUUUGAUUCUCGGGUACACGCACGUCGUAGUAAUAAUACUGUAAGUACUUUAGUAUAAUUAUUAUAAGUGUACGUGUAUCUUCGACGCGGACUUCUGGAUUUUCCUACAACUCUCUUAACGCUUUUUCUUCAGCGUGCGACAUAACUUUUGUUGUUACGAGCUAUACGAGCCACGUGAUUGAGCCUUAUUACUGAUAGCUGAUAAGCGAUCGCUCGAAUCGAAUCGAGAGAACUGUAUGCGAGAAAGAAUGGAAAUGAGAGAGAGAGAGAGAGAGAGAGAGAGAAAGAGCGCGAGGGUGAGAGCGUGUGUGUGUGUGUGUGUAGCUCGCAGCUUUUACUAAAUCAAAAUUAGCAAAGCCAUGGAGCAGAGCGAUAUCGCCGAGUUCUUAACACUGACAAAAUGACAACUGUUGUACUCACGAAACAUGAGAGGGAUUCAUUCUUUCACAUGCUAGGCAUGAAGGUUACCGUGUCGAAUUAUAUAACGUCAGAAAGCGACUGAACGCACGCGAAUUAAUCCUGCGGUGUACGUCGAAAUAAAUUAAUUUUUUUCCUUUUUCUUUUCUUUUUCUUCACAAAAAUUUAAUAGAGUAGUUUAGUAAUGAUAUAUUAUGUCUAAGAUUUUCUGUGUGUGAACCAAGUGGAUUGGAAUCGAGUAUAUUCUGACAUACUGUAUUGUUAAAUUAUUUACACAUUAUUGUAUGUAUUGUACUGAUUAUUUACACAUUAUAUGUAUUAUAUUGAUUAUAUUACAUUCCGAUGUCGUUACCUUUCGUACUAUGUGAAUAAUAUCACGUGUUAGACAUUACCGAUACCAUUUAGAGUAUACUCGAUUUCAUAACUGAUUACAAGUCCUUAUUACGUAAAAUCAAUUCAUGAUUUUUAUAUAAGCACUACUGCAGUUGACAAAUGAUAUUUAGGUAUCGAAUCGACUAAGUAUAUUACGAAUACUUAGGCCCACCUAUAUAUAACUAUGAAUUUUAAAUCAGAUUUAAAUUAAAAAUUUAAUCUCGACUGUCAUAAGGGACUCAUUUAAAUUGAAUUUUAAAAUGAUAUGCAUUAAUAAUGUUUCGUAUAUUCGCUUAUAUUCGGCAGUAAAAUUUUCCUAUAUAAUUUUAUAAACGUAUUUUCAUGCCUUAUAUUGUUAAUAAUAUAACUGAACUAUUUCUCCUCGUAAAAGAACUAUCGAACGUGAGAUCAUUGAUACUAGAAAGAAAUUAAAGAAUUAGUAAUCCAGGAAAGAAUUUUUUCGCGCGAAUGUCGUUAUAUGUUAUUGAAUAUUCGCGUACUUACACCUAUAUUGUUUGUCUCUGAUUAGCCUUUCCCUCUGAAUUACGCUGUUGUAUUAAACUUUUUUAUUUUCUUUAAAAAAAAUUAAUUUAUUUCGACGUACACAACAAGAUACGAUCCGUGUUUUUCGCUCGCGUUCGCCGUUGCAUUAUCAUGAACAGUCUCGAUCGUAAAACGCGAAGACGACGUUCGACGAUGUCUCUGUCGGCGUUCGUUUUACUUCAACGUGCGCGCGACAACGAGAAAACGUUCGUUUACCUCUGAAUUUUUAUUUUGAUCUUAACAUUGUACUGACGGAAUUUUGUUGUUUCACCGCCUUUUACUUUUUUUUUUAUCGCGUAAUGUAUCGCGGGAAGACAUUCGUAUCUUCUUUUCGUUUGACUUUUUCUUCAAUUUUUUUCAGAUAUCUCAGAGUGGUUCCUGUCCUUUGCCAUCACUAUUUUCCCUCUCAUUUAAUUCGUUCUUUUUUUUUGCUUUCAUUUUAUUAAAGGAGACGCGAAAGAUAAAAGAGGAAGUACGUUCAAAUCUCUCGUCUCGAGACUCACGUGAAUGAUUGAUUGAUUGAUUGAUUGAUUGAUCGACCGAACGAUCGCCGUUUUACGCUUCGUGAAUCGUAACAUACCUUUCGGGAGCGUGUUUCGGGUGAGGAAGAAGCAGCAGCAGCAGCUCCCCGCCGCGAAGAAGGGCGUUCUCUUUUUUCUCUGUCUUGUACUGCCUCGAGUUAUCUGUGGUGUACAGCAGGCUGUAUUAUAAUAAAUUAUUGUGGUUUCUUGUAA